AUGACUCCCGCACAACUCGAGUCUGGUCUGCCUGUUGAGGCCCCAGAUAAGGAAGCAUUGGUCAAACGAAAUCCGUAUGACAACUUCGCAGCAGUUGAGGCCGAGCGAAAGCCGUACAAUCUCGACGAUGAGUGGAAAUUGACCAAAGCCCCGAAUCCAGACUGGAACUUCGGAGAUGGCGCGAAUAACGACAAGUGGAAGAACCACAAAUUCUUGUCAAUCGAUCCCUACGAGGACGGCCGGGAUCUCGUCCUAAACUAUAAGCUCAUGAUAUCGGCAACCAUUCCGCGACCAAUUGCUCUGGCGAGCUCUGUCACAGAAGAUGGAAAGACGCGGAACAUCGCACCGUUUUCGUACUUCCAGUGCGUCACGACAGACGCGAAUGACACCGUGAAGAAUAUUCUUGCCACCAAAGAGUGUUGCAUUAGUUUGACGAGCGACUGGAUCAUUGAAGCAGCGAACUUCACGUCGGUGAACACGCCACCGCACAUCUCAGAGUGGGAGCUUGCUGGUCUAACGCCUAUCCCUGGCGACGUAGUCAAAGUGCCUUAUGUUGGCGAGUCGCCUUACUCCGUGGAGUGCAAGUAUUACUCGCACCAGGACUUUUACAGCAGAGUGGACCCAGGUGUCAAGACAGCAACCCAAAUUAUAGUCGAAAUAGUCAGGUUCCACAUAUGGGAGGAUGCUUUGGGUCCGGAUCGUGCGACAGCAGAUGCGAGGAAGCUCCGGCCUGUUGCUAGGUUAGGUGGAAUCACGUACGGAAAUCUGUUCGAGGGGUUCGAGAUCCCGAGGCCAGAUGCGUUUAGGGCUCUUCGUCAAGACGAGAGGGUUGACAAGAUUCUGAAAGAGCAAGAAAAUCAAGCCCAGCCAAAGAUAUAG